AUGGCUGCACAGCUGCUGCGCCGCUGCCGCCGGCUCCGGCUGCUGCCGGGGCCCGGCCUGAGCACCGGCCCGGCCGAGGCAUCCAUCCGGAGCCCCGGCCUGGGCGCGGAGCCCGGCCCGAGCCCCGGCGCGGGGCCGCGGGCCGAGGCCGAGGCCGAGGAGGAGCGGCGGCUGCGGGAGCGGAUCCGCGCCGCCGGCAGCGCGCAGGAGCUGCUGCAGCUGGGCCGCGGGCCCGGCCUCAGCAGCAACGUGGCGGCGCUGGCCAUCGGGCGCCUGGCCCACGUCAGCCGCCAGCAGCGCCUGGACUGCGCCGGCCUGCACGGGGACCCCCGCUUCCAGCAGCUGCUGGCUGCCCUGGACACGCAGAUCUCUCAGGUGUGGAACGCGCCGCUGCUGCAGCUCCUGUGCAGCCUGCCGGCGCUGGGGCUGGCGCGGGGCGGGCGCCCGCUGCGCUCGGUGGAGCAGGAGGUGCUGUGGCGGCUGCGGCGCCUGCCCCUGCGGCAGCUGGUGCGGCUGGCCGAGCAGCUGGCACCGCAGGGCCCCGGCGGGCUCCUGCUGCCCGAGGUGCUGCGCAAGCUGGAGCUGCGCUGGACCGAGCUGGACGGCACCCGCGCCGUGGUGACGCUCAUGGCCAAGGUGGGCCACCUGUCCCCCGCCCUGAUGGAGCGCCUGGAGGACAAGGCGCUGGAGCUGGCCGAGCAGUUUGACCCCGACGAGCUGCGCCGCGUGGCGCUGGCGCUGGCGCUGCAGCAGCGCCGCUGCGUGCCCCUGCUGCGGGCGCUGUGCUACCACCUGCUGCAGAAACCCGCCGAGCUGCCCGUGCCCGUGCUCACCGACCUGCUCUUCGCCUUCAGUAAGCUGAGCUUCCAGCAGCCGCAGGUGCUGCACCGCCUGGCCCUGGAGCUGCAGCCUCACGUGGGCAGCCUGAGCCCGGCCCAGCUGCUGCGCUGCGCCCGCUCCUUCGCCAGCCUGCGCUGGCUCAGCCGGCCCCUGGCCGAGGCCAUGGCUCAGUACUGCCUGGACAACACGGAGAGCCUGUCCCUGCCCCAGCUCUGCGGGGUCCUUGUGUCCUUCGCCCGCCUCAACUUCCAGCCCAGCUGCAGCGAGGAGUUCUUCUCCAUGGUGACGUCCCUGGCACCCGGAAUUCCCCGGUGGGCUGGGUGGGGAGGGACCCCAGAGACCCCCACAGCUGGAUUCCUUCCCCAAACCCCCCGUGACGGCUCCCCGCGGGCACCGGGCUCGUGGCUGAAGCUGCUGCACAUCAACGCCACGGCCCGGCUGGAGGCCCCGGGCUACCGGGGGCCCUUCCUGCCCCCCGAGGCGCUGGGGGGGCACGGCCACGGGCACGGGGACGCCGAGAAGGGCACCCCCCUGCAGCGGGCGCUGCGCGAGGCGCUGCCCGCGGCGCUGGGGGGCCCCGACCUCGUCCGCUGCAACGUCAGCACGGUGUACGGCUGGCACAUCGAUGCCGAGGCGGUGCUGGACGGUGACAACAAACCCCUGCCCGUGAGGGACUUCGCUGCCCCCCACUUGUCCCACUCCGAGGGGACAAAGGCGCUGCCAGCGGGGGCCAGGAGGGUGGCCGUGCUGCGCUGGGAGCCGCCGCAGUUCAGCUCUCCGGGCCGGGAGCUGCUGGGCCGGGGCUCGCUGGCCCGAAGGCACCUGCGGGCAGCCGGCUUCCUGCUGGCCGAGGUGCCCCACCACGAGUUCCUGGAGCUGAAGCUGGAGCGGCAGCGCGUGGCCUACCUCAAGGACAAGGUGGCCAAGGUCCUGGCCAGUGACACGGCCGGUGACACGGCCACCGACGCGGCCACCUAACCCGCCCUCCAGGUGCCCGCGUCCCUGUGCCAAUGCCAGCAGGUCACCACGCCCAGCCGGCCCAGCGCUGAGCCCAGGUGGCCAUGUCACCACAGCCAGGUGGCCACGUCACCGGGCCACCGUGCCCGGGUGGGCACGUCCCCACGGCGAGGUCCCCGUGUCCCCGCAGUGCUGCUGCCCAUGUCACCAACGGCUCAAAUAAAACCUGAACUGUACAGGGA